CCUUCAAGCACAUAAGCUGUUACCCGACGAUAUGCUGUGAUAACAGGACCAGGGCUGGCGAACGCCUUUGACCCGGCAGAGUGUUGCACAGAAUCGCGCUGUGACUUUGCUGCACAUCUUUCUUGUUCCAUCUAAAGCUCUUUCCAACAGAUACCGGGUAAUAUGGCAGAACGACUGCGCAGCGCAAUGUCGACACCCGCCGAGGUGCAAGCGGCGCCCCUGGAUACCCGUGCGUACGAGCACUGGCGUGCUGCCGACACGCUUCGAGCGCCUUACAAUGUGCCAACCGCGCUGCUGGAGCACAUUCGCCCGGAUGCCGUGGACGCCAUCCACGAAUGCCCGCUACUGUGCUUUGUGAACGCGCGCUCGGGUGGGCGGAAGGGCAUGGAGCUAGCGCUGGCGCUGAGCCGAGCUAUCGGCCGUGUGCAGGUGUUUGACAUCGCUGAGAAGGACCAGCGGCCGGACCGGGUGUUGGGCCGUCUGUAUGAGGUGCUCAGGACGCGGGAAGCUGCGGGCGAUUCACAGGCGACUCUGGUGAGGCAGCGGCUGCGGUUGCUGGUGUGCGGCGGCGAUGGCACCAUUGCUUGGGUGAUGGGCGUCAUCAAGAAGCUCCGGUUGCAGCCGGAGCCACCCGUCGCCAUGAUCCCGCUCGGCACGGGCAACGACCUGUCGCGCACCUUCAUGUGGGGUCCCGCCUAUGACCCCACGUGUAUGAAGGGGCACAAGAAAACGUACAAGACCCUCAACUCGGUUGCUGUGGCGCGCGAGGACAAGCUGGACUGCUGGAACAUCACUGUCACCACGCCCCACAAACACAUGUUCGGCAACAGCAUGCCGCACUCGCUCUCCCCGCCCCUGCCCCCGGCGCUGCCGCCCGCCGCCGCCGCGGCCGCGUCAGGCCUCAUGACGCCGCCGCCGCGGCCCUCCGGCACCGCCGCGGCCGGCUCCGUUGCCAGCGCCGCCACCGGCACGCUCGGCCGCGGCCAGAGCUCGGGCCUACACCCCGCGGUGCAGGCCGCUCGCGACUCGCUCGUGGUUGCCGCCGGCGACCGCUCCGUCGCCGCCAGCGUCGCUGCCACCAUGGGCAGCGCCACGCCGCUGCAGAACAUCGCGACCAGCAGCGUGGGCAGCGCCGCAACCACCUUCACCACCGCCACCAACAUGUCGCUGCACACGGGCGCGGCGCAGGCGGGCACCUCGCUGCCGCCCACCAUCGUGUCGGGCGGGAUGAGCACCAGCGCCGAGGACGAGGCGGGCAUCGGCGUCAUGGGGGGCAUGUUCUGGAAUUACUUCAGUGUGGGGCUGGACGCCAAGGCCGCCUGGAGCUUCCACUCGCUGCGGGAGGAGAAGCCGGCGCUGGCCAGCUCGCGCGCCGCCAACCAGUUCUGGUACAGCGCCUUCAGCUGCACGUCAGGCUGGUUCUGCUGCGCGCAGCCCCUGCGUGUCAAGGUGAACUUGGAGGUGCUGGCGCCAGGCCCGCGCGGCGAGGCGGCGGGCUGGCAGCCGGUCAAGAUUCCCAAGGGCGUGCGCGCCCUGGUGGUGCUUAACUUGCAGAGCUACGCGGGCGGCCGCAACCUGUGGGGCCCUAACACCAGCGAGGCAGACGAGAAGAAGCACGGGUUCAAGAAGCCAUCUUACAACGACGGGCUAUUGGAGGUGGUGGGGCUACUGAGCGGCUGGCACGCAGGCCUGGUGAUGGCCAGCAAGGGCGGCCUGCUGCACGCCAAGCGCAUCUGCCAGGCGGCCGGUGUGCGCGUGGCGCUGUCGGCGCCCUACGUGCGCGCCGAUGGCGAGCCCAGCCACUGCUACAUGCAGCUGGACGGCGAGCCGUGGAAGCAGGACAUCCCGGUCAAGGGCGCUGACGCACCCGUGCGGGUGGAGAUUGUGCACGCGGGCGUGAGCCGUGUGCUGCGCAACGAGCCGAUGAAGCGGCAGGCGACGGGCGGCAGCAACACCGGCGGCGGUCAGGACGCCAGCAGCGGCGGGCGGGGCCUGAAGAGCUCCUCGCGCUCCAACACCGCGACCGGCCCACUGGUCAGCGCGGUGAGUGAGCCGAGCGUGCUGCCUGUGCACGCCUCCGCGCCCGCGUCCCAGUCGCAGCAGUCGAUCCAGCUGGUCGGGCAGGCUGUCGCGGCAGCACAGCCGCAUGGGCAGGGGCAACCGGCGUCUGGGCCGCUGCCGGGGCCGUUGCCGCCGAGCGCAUUUGCGGCGCCAUAUAGCGGCGGCGCAGUGGUGGGCGCGGCGGGUGCGGCAGCGCCCCACGCAGUGGGGCUGCACACAUCCGCAGCGCCAGGGAAAGGGCCAGAGGCAGGCGCGGCCUUGUUCCCACGCGUGGGGUCGGCGGCGGGUGGGCGGCCGUCGACAGCGGCGUCCGUCGCGGGCAGCUCCACAACGGCGGGCGGGGAGCUGUCCGUCAGUGAUGUGCCAGUAGUGGUGGGCGGAGGCGCGGGCGGCACACGCACGACAGCGUCGAGCAAGCCAGGCGAGGUCAUCGACACGGCCAACGGCUCGGGGUCACCACGCACCGUGUCCGUAGGCUCACACAGCGGGCCGCAGGUGACAGGCCAAGACUGAGCAGCAUGUUUUGAAGGCGCGUUGAUGGCCACUGGGGCCGUUUGGGUAGCAGCAUAGGAAGGAGUGUGCAGCCAGCUGGCCAUGGCAUUGCAAAGCCAAGUCAUAUCGGUGUUCUAUCGCCAUACUUUGAGGUCUGAGAGCAGCUGCGAAGAACUUGAAGCGCUCAUUCGACUGCUGUUGGGUGCGGGGCCCACUGCGAAUGCGUGAUGUACUGGCGCACAACGAUGUGGAGCCGCGUGGCCCAGCUCAUGACCUGACGUAGAAAAGGUGUGGUGCUGAGAAUAUGACGGGAUGUGAGAUGUGUGUCACGGAAUGCGCAUGAAUUGCGGUGUGCAUACCGUAUGUGUGGCGUCCCUAAAGCUUGUCACAUGCUGUAUGGCUGCCGCUGUGUUCGUGGUCUGUAGUUUCUCACCAGGACCAGCCUGUGUAGCUUAUGGGGCCAGAUGUUUCGCUGUGUCUCUGACAGUAUUGCACUUGGUACAUUCUGGACUGAGCUUCGGCAUGGAUGACUAGAGUAAGUGGAGGGUAGAGUAAGUGGAGGGUACUAUCACCUGAAGCGCAGACGUGGGUAGCCCGGACUAGCUGACACGGCAAGCAGGUACCGAGCUGCCGUGUUCUGACGCGGACUUGUCGGGCACAAACACUGGCUCUGUGUCAGUUUGAUGGACCAGGCUUGGGGUCAGGACACGCGGUAGACAGGCAGUCAGGCAGGAAACUAGUGCGGCAGGAACAGGGGUGGGCAGACUCUGGCUUCGUGUCGGCUGCACCAGCGGAGGGCGGUUUGCUGGUUUCUUUCGUCCGCACUGACAGCCGAUUGACCCCUACGCUACUGGGCAGGCUAUGGUACUGGGCAGGCUAUACCUAGCUGCACCAGGAAGGGCUUGUCGUCUGUUGGUGGAAGUGCCACAUGCUAGUAUCUGGUCUGCUCCAGUGACUAUUUGACUUUCGUCAGGUCGGGACUACGUGCCCCAAGCCCGCUACAAACGCCUGUCUCCUGAUGCGCUUGUCUUCAAUAAUUGCACCUCC